AUGCGACCGUUAGGAAAAGCGCUCAAGACAGCGACACUCGAAGGACGACCAUGGAAACAAGAAUUGAACCGUUUUCUUUUACAAUAUCGUACCACUCCACAUUGCACUACAGGAGUACCUCCAUCAGAACUGUUGUUUAACCGAGUGAUAAAAGGAAAAUUACCAGUUAUAAACAGCAAGAAGAUUGUCAAUCGACAUAAAGAAGCUCGAGACAAUGAGAAAACACGACAAGAACACAACCGAGAACAUGCAAAUCAAAGGAGAAACACAAGAAAAAGUGAUCUACAAGUUGGAGACUAUGUACUGGUUAGACAAGAAAAGAAAAACAAGCUAACUGCGAAUUUUAAUCACAAACCGUAUUAAAGUGAUAAAGAAAACUGGUUCAGAGAUACUUGCCCAAAGUAAAGAUGGUCAUAUUGUGAAACGGAACGUGUCACAUUUCAAGCGAAUAAAUAAACCACGAGAAGAAGACACUGAUGACGAAGGUUUCGAUUAUGAAGAAAACUCGCAGGACAAUCAGCCAUCUAUCAGUAAUGAAAACAACGAAGUACCAAGAAGAUCAAGCCGAAUUCGAAGACCACCGAAUCGAUACGGACAUGAAUAUCCAUCAAAUCUAAUAAACUAA